GAAUGUUCCAGCAGGGGGAAGGCGGAGGGAUCUGGCAAACAGGCGCUGAGGUUCCAGUCAGACUGACGCCGCCAAGGCUGCGCGGCGCUCCACUGUGGCUGCUGAAGGAGGGGAGCCGGAGCUCUUCAAACCUGCGUCAAUGGCGCCAUAGAUACUUCCACCGGAAAAGCGGCAAAUCGGACCUUCACAACAAAAGAAAAAAUCUCACAACUUCCGGUACAAGGAUUUCUAACAACUUCCCGUUGACGCUGUCUUUACACUCCCGCGUGGACAGACACAACACACCGAAGAGACAGACGCGCACUUCCACAACUCUGGCUGUCCGGGGAAGCUGCAACACUCACGGCCGUCUUCUGUGCACUUGUUAUCACAACAGAGAUGAUUGAAACCUGACCUGGACUCCUGGCUCUGCGAGGAAUAACCUUCCCUGCAGGAGGCUCAAUCCAGAGCAGCCAGAUCCCUUUUGUGGCGGCACAGAGACAGGAUUCAGAGCUGGCGUCUUCACUAAAGAAGCAAAGGAAUACAAACAAAAUCAUCUGCCCUGACUCAGCGUUUUUUUUUUUUUUUUGUCAUAAAAUUCCUGUCCUCAAGGGAACUCUAAUCCAACUUGACCUAUCCGUUCACGCUAAAGAUGAACUCCUCCACCUCCUUUACGUCCCUGUUCUCCUUCACCAGCCCUGCAGUGAAACGCCUGCUUGGCUGGAAGCAAGGCGACGAGGAGGAGAAGUGGGCCGAGAAGGCUGUCGAUUCUCUGGUGAAGAAACUCAAGAAGAAGAAAGGAGCGAUGGAGGAGCUGGAGAGAGCCCUGAGCUGUCCCGGGCAGCCCAGUAAGUGCGUGACCAUCCCUCGCUCGCUGGACGGCAGACUGCAGGUGUCCCACAGGAAGGGCCUGCCCCACGUCAUCUACUGCCGGGUGUGGCGCUGGCCGGACCUGCAGUCCCAUCACGAGCUGAAGCCUCUGGAGUGCUGCGAGUUCCCCUUCGGUUCCAAACAGAAGGAUAUCUGUGUCAACCCGUAUCACUACCGGCGCGUGGAGACUCCAGUGCUGCCUCCGGUUCUGGUUCCCCGUCACAGCGAGUUCAACCCCCAGCACAGUUUGCUGGCAAAGUUUCGGAACACCUCCCUCCACAACGAGCCCCUGAUGCCCCAGAACGCCACCUACCCGGACGCCUUCCCCCCGCUGCCCGGCUCCUCCUUCUCCUCUUCCACACCUUCUUCUCUCGCACAGACCCCCAACUCCCAAAUAUUCCCCAACUCCCCCAACAGUUCUGCAGAACCCGGCAGCCCCUAUCACAUCACAGCAGAGACUCCCCCGCCUCCUUACAGCAGCAUGGAGACAACCCCUCAAGAAGACGUGAAGCCCAGCAACUCCACAGAAACCACUAAACUAACCUUCUCCGCUCCACACAGAGAUUUGAGGCCCGUUUGCUAUGAAGAGCCCAAGUACUGGUGUUCUGUCGCUUACUAUGAGCUCAACAACAGGGUUGGGGAGACUUUCCACGCUUCCUCCCACAGCAUUUUGGUGGACGGCUUCACCGACCCGUGUAACAACAAGAACCGCUUCUGCCUGGGCCUCCUGUCCAACGUCAACCGCAACUCCACCAUCGAGCACACGCGCAGGCACAUUGGCAAAGGGUUGCAUCUGUACUACGUGGGCGGGGAGGUGUACGCAGAGUGUCUGAGCGACAGCAGCAUCUUUGUCCAAAGCCGCAACUGCAACUUCCAGCAUGGCUUCCACCCCACCACCGUGUGCAAGAUCCCCAGCGGAUGCAGCCUCAAGAUCUUCAACAACCAGCUCUUCGCCCAGCUCCUCGCCCAGUCGGUCAACCACGGCUUCGAGGUGGUGUACGAGCUCACCAAGAUGUGCACCAUCCGCAUGAGCUUCGUCAAGGGAUGGGGGGCUGAAUACCACCGCCAGGAUGUGACCAGCACCCCCUGCUGGAUUGAAGUGCACCUGCACGGGCCGUUGCAAUGGCUGGAUAAGGUUCUCACCCAGAUGGGCUCCCCCCACAACCCCAUCUCCUCAGUCUCAUAACACCAACAGGUGUGUUCUUGUUGCAGGUAGACGGCAACGGUUUGCUCGCCAUGUCAAGAAACAAAAGUGAAUUUAUUUGGGCUGAAAAGUGUUUCUUCAUUUCAAGAGGACGAAGCAUUUAUUCGUCCACUGGGACUCAGGAAAUACUUGAGGCCAGAAAAAAAAUGGGAUGUAUUUAUAGGUACUUCAGUGCUGUUAUACAUGUUGUAGUGAUAUUUGCUGUCUUGACCAACGUUUGCUGUUACAUGGUUCUUUAUUUCCAAUGAUUUCUAAAGCUUUGGGUGUCUCCCGUACAAUAAAAAAACAUUCGGAGAA